AUGGAUGAUAGCUUGUAUGAUGAGUUUGGUAACUACAUUGGACCUGAGAUUGAGUCUGACAGAGAGAGUGAUGAUGAAAUAGGAGACGAAGAUCUCCAAGAUAAGCAGACUGAAGAGGAUGGAUCUGAUGACGAACAUAGGCCUGGGGGUUCAAAUGGUUGGAUUACAACUAUCAAUGAUAUGGAGGUGGAGAACCAAAUAGUUCUUCCUGAGGAUAAGAAGUACUAUCCUACUGCGGAGGAGGUCUAUGGCGAGGAUGUGGAGACCUUAGUGAUGGAUGAAGAUGAGCAGCCACUUGAGAUGCCCAUAAUCAAGCCUGUUAGAGAUGUCAGAUUCGAGGUGGGGGUGAAGGAUGCUUCAACAUACGUAUCAACACAGUUUCUUAUCGGCCUCAUGUCUAAUCCUGCGCUUGUGAGGAAUGUUGCUCUCGUGGGGCAUCUACAGCAUGGGAAAACUGUCUUCAUGGAUAUGUUGGUAGAGCAGACUCACCAUAUGUCUACUUUUAAUGUCAAAAACGAGAAGCACAUGAAGUAUACAGACACGAGAGUUGAUGAGCAGGAGAGAAAUAUAUCAAUCAAGGCGGUUCCAAUGUCUCUUGUCCUUGAGGACAGCAGGUCGAAAUCAUACCUGUGUAAUGUCAUAGAUACCCCAGGACAUGUCAAUUUCUCUGACGAAAUGACUGCUUCUCUAAGACUUGCUGAUGGCGCUGUUCUGAUUGUUGACGCUGCUGAAGGAGUAAUGGUGAACACAGAGAGGGCUAUACGACAUGCAAUCCAGGACCAUCUCCCUAUUGUUGUAGUGAUCAAUAAGGUUGACAGGCUCAUAACUGAGCUCAAGCUGCCUCCAAGGGAUGCCUACUACAAGUUGAGACAUACCAUUGAAGUCAUCAACACACACAUAUCUGCUGCUUCAACAGCUGCUGGAAGCUUGCCACUAAUAGACCCUGCAGCUGGGAAUGUCUGCUUUGCAAGUGGUACUGCGGGAUGGUCCUUCACACUACAAUCUUUUGCGAAACUGUAUUCCAAGCUUCAUGGGGUGGACAUGGACGUGGAUAAGUUUGCAUCUCGACUUUGGGGAGAUGUGUAUUAUCACCCUGAUACUAGAGUAUUCAAGAGAAAUCCACCAGUUGGUGGUGGAGAUAGAGCGUUUGUUCAGUUUAUUCUGGAGCCUCUAUACAAGAUAUACAGCCAAGUGAUUGGUGAACAUAAGAAGAGUGUAGAGACCACGCUUGCAGAAUUAGGAGUGACUCUGAGUAAUAGUGCAUAUAAGCUGAACGUCAGACCUUUACUCAGGUUAGCCUGUAGCUCGGUUUUUGGGUCGUCAUCAGGUUUCACGGAUAUGUUGGUAAAGCACAUUCCUUCCCCUAAAGAGGCUGCGGCGAGGAAGGUGGACCAUGCAUACACUGGAGCCAAAGAUUCACCCAUUUAUGAAGCAAUGGUAGAGUGUGAUCCAAAUGGACCUCUCAUGGUUAAUGUGACAAAGCUGUACCCCAAAUCAGACACCAGUGUUUUUGAUGUGUUCGGAAGAGUUUAUAGUGGUACACUUCAAACAGGGCAAAGCGUACGUGUACUAGGGGAAGGGUAUUCACCUGAGGAUGAGGAGGACAUGACUAUAAAAGAAGUGACAAAGCUAUGGAUAUAUCAAGCUAGGUAUAGAAUAGCUGUAAGCAGUGCCCCUCCUGGUUCAUGGGUUUUAAUUGAAGGUGUCGAUGCGUCCAUCAUGAAAACUGCAACUCUGUGCAAUUCAAACUUUGACGAAGAUGUCUCCAUAUUCCGGCCACUCCAGUUCAAUACCCUCCCAGUUGUCAAGACUGCUACUGAGCCUUUGAAUCCUAGUGAGCUGCCUAAAAUGGUUGAAGGGCUUAGGAAGAUUAGCAAAAGCUAUCCACUUGCUAUUACCAAGGUUGAGGAGUCUGGGGAACAUACUAUCUUAGGCACAGGUGAAUUAUACUUGGAUUCUAUCAUGAAGGACCUCAGGGAGCUCUAUUCAGAGGUCGAAGUAAAGGUCGCAGAUCCGGUAGUCUCCUUUUGUGAGACAGUGGUUGAAUCUUCAUCGAUGAAGUGUUUUGCUGAGACACCGAACAAAAAGAACAAAAUAACUAUGAUCGCAGAGCCAUUGGAUAGGGGACUCGCAGAGCAUAUUGAGAACGGUGUCGUGAGCACGGACUGGAGCCGGAAACAACUCGGCGAUUUUUUUAAAAGCAAGUAUGACUGGGACCUGCUUGCUGCACGUUCCAUUUGGGCUUUUGGCCCUGACAAACAGGGGCCAAAUAUUUUACUGGAUGACACCCUCCCAACUGAGGUCGACAAGAACUUGAUGAUGGCAGUGAAAGACUCCAUUGUUCAAGGGUUCCAGUGGGGUGCCCGAGAAGGACCUCUGUGUGACGAGCCCAUCAGAAAUGUGAAGUUCAAGAUUGUUGAUGCACGGAUAGCACCAGAGCCGUUGCAUAGAGGAUCUGGUCAGAUGAUCCCAACAGCACGACGUGUUGCCUAUUCAGCUUUUCUUAUGGCAACACCAAGGCUAAUGGAACCUGUCUACUAUGUGGAGAUACAAACACCAAUCGACUGUGUAACUGCAAUCUACACAGUUCUGUCACGUAGACGUGGACAUGUCACAUCUGAUGUUCCUCAGCCUGGUACACCGGCUUAUAUUGUGAAGGCUUUUCUUCCGGUGAUAGAAUCGUUUGGGUUUGAGACAGACCUGAGAUACCACACACAGGGACAAGCCUUUUGCGUGUCUGUGUUUGAUCACUGGGCCAUUGUACCAGGAGACCCUCUCGACAAAUCCAUCCUAUUGCGCCCUCUUGAGCCAGCCCCCAUUCAGCAUCUAGCUCGUGAGUUCAUGGUCAAGACCCGCCGUAGAAAGGGAAUGAGUGAGGAUGUUAGCGGAAACAAGUUCUUCGAUGAAGCUAUGAUGGUGGAGCUUGCCCAGCAGACGGGUGAUAUGCAUAUGCAGAUGAUGUGA